AUUGCUAACUACAGAUUAGUGGUCAAUAGAUAGGAAUUAUAUAUAUAUAUUAUCACAGAGUCUUUGUGAAGUGAGAUGUUAUCUCACAAACUAUAGCAAGGGCCUAAGGAGAACCAACCAAUGAGGUCUUCAAAGUUCCACAAAAAAGCAGGCUCAGUGCCAUAGAAAAUUUUAAGAAAGAGCUCAUAUAUGAAUGGCUGGAAAACUGAAAAUCCAUGCAAGGCUUUUAUAUAAUAUGUGGUUGCAUCUUUUGUGCUCCUCUUUGCUGCUUAUCACAACAGAAAUAAUAGUUUCUACAGCAGAAGACACAAGCACAUUUCAGUCCAUUGCAGAUGGUGAGACCGUAGUUUCAACAGGGGGAACCUUUGAGCUUGGAUUCUUCAGCGCCGGUGCUUCAAAAAGCCGGUACGUGGCGAUAUGGUACAAGAAGAUACCAGUUGCCACCAUUGUAUGGAUUGCCAACAGAGACACACCCCUCACAGGUUCAUCAGGUGUACUCAAGGUAAGCAGCCCUGGAUUUCUUGUCCUUGUUGACCAAAAGAACACUUCAGUUUGGUCUUCCAACACAUCAAGUUCUGCACAGAAUCCAGUGGCAAAACUUUUGGAUUCGGGAAAUCUUGUUGUGAUAGAUGGCAAUGAUCAUAAUGACACUGAGAAAUAUUUAUGGCAGAGUUUUGAUUACCCAGGUGAUACAUUACUACCAGGUAUGAAGCUUGGUAGGAACAAAAUCACAGGUUUCAAUUGGCAUCUUACACCAUGGAAAAGCCCCCAGGAUCCUUCUCCCGGAAAUUAUACAUAUCAGCUUGGUCCUGAUGGAUACCAUGAAUUAAUUGUGAGGGAGGGUUCUGUUAUAAAGUAUCGGACUGGACCAUGGAAUGGAAUCCAAUUUAGUGGGAUGCAUGAUUUAAAUUCAGACCAUACAAACACAUAUGGUUUUGUGUUGGAUGAUGAUGAAGAAGUAUAUUAUGGUUACAAGCUUCUCAACAGUUCAGUUCUUUCAAGGCUGGCUUUAACUCAAGAUGGGUUUCUGCAUAGCUACACCUGGAGUGAUGAAACCCAAGGUUGGGUCCUUUACCUAACAGCACAGGUUGAUAUCUGUGACAGCUAUGGACUAUGUGGUCCAAAUGGUGCAUGCACUGUUGAAAACUCCCCAGUAUGUGGCUGCUUGGAAGGAUUUACACCUAACUUUCAACAAGACCGGGACUUGGUGGAUUGGUCAUAUGGCUGUGUGAGAAAGACUCCACUGAGUUGCACUGGAGACAUCUUUAAGAAGUACUCUGGGAUGAAAUUGCCAAAUACAGAACAAUCCUGGUAUAACUCAAGUAUGAACCUCAAGGAAUGUGAGAUGAUGUGCAUGAACAGCUUCUGCUCCUGCACUGCUUUUGCGAAUUUGGAUGUCCGGGAUGGAGGAAGGGGGUGCUUGCUGUGGUUCAGCGACCUGAUUGAUAUAAGAUAUUCCACUGGAAAUGGGCAAGAUGUUUACGUAAGAAUGGCUGCAUCGGAACUAGAUCAAGGAAGCAAUACAGACACCAAUGCUAAAACCUCUAAAUCCAAUGUGAAAAAAGUGAGAAUCAUAGUAAUCAGUACUGUGUUGUCUACUGUACUGCUGAUCCUGGGGCUAACAUUGCUAUUAUAUGUGCGGAAGAAGCAGCACCAAAAAGAUGGAAAACCGAGGCCCAGCCAAAAGGAAGAUAUGGAAUUACCAUUAUUUGACUUGGCUGCUAUUGUUUGUGCAACCAAUAGCUUUUCAAACGACAGUAAACUUGGAGAAGGCGGUUUCGGAUCAGUCUUUAAGGGUACACUGAAAGAUGGACAAGAAAUAGCUGUGAAAAGGCUCUCAAAACAUUCUACACAAGGAUUCAACGAGUUGAAUAAUGAGGUUACGCAUAUUGCUAAACUUCAGCACAGGAAUCUAGUGAAGCUUUUAGGAUGCUGCAUUCAAGAAGAUGAAAUGAUGCUGAUCUACGAGUUCAUGCCUAACAAAAGCUUAGACUUCUUUAUUUUUGAUCAAAGAAAAAGCAUGAUGCUAGAUUGGCCCAAGCGCUUUGACAUUAUAAAUGGAAUUGCUCGGGGGCUCCUCUAUCUUCAUCAGGAUUCUAGACUGAGAGUAAUUCAUAGAGAUCUGAAAGCCAGUAACAUUUUAUUAGACCGUGGAUUUAACCCAAAAAUCUCAGACUUUGGCCUGGCAAGAAGUUUUGCAGAAAAUGAAACAAAUGCAAAAACCAAGAAAGUGGUUGGAACAUAUGGUUACAUGUCCCCAGAAUACGCAAUUGAUGGGUUCUACUCGACAAAAUCCGACGUCUAUAGCUUUGGUGUGUUGGUGCUAGAGAUAGUGAGUGGGAAGAGAAACAGAGGAUUCACUCAUCCAGGCCACAGCCUCAACCUUCUUGGACAUAUGGCAUGCCAGCUGCAGUUCUAAUGUUGAGUGGUGAAGGGUCAUUGCCUCAACCUCAAAAACCUGGUUUUUAUAGUGAAAGGGAUCUCAAUGAACUCGAAGUCGAUCCUUCUU